GUUUCUCUCCGGAGAUUGCCGAACAUUUCCGAACUGGAGGUAGCGGCUGAUGGAUGUGGCGCAGGAUGCUGCGGCGGAACCCGGAGAACGGAUCGGUGAGAGCGGAGCCGAGGAGGAGCGGGAGACCACCAGGGGGUCCGGGGAGACGACCGCGGAUGGUGAGAUCAUUGAAGAGGCAGUGAUGGCGUUACCUUCUGCGGAGGAGAAGAAGAAUGGAGAAUGUCAGGACAAUGAUGGGGCAAAUUCAGAGACAGACGUCACGACCCCGGAUUCUGCCAAGACGAGUCCUGAUGGUGAAAUGAAUAAGGGUCCAUCAGAACCAGCCAAGGGUCCAUCAGAACCAGCCAAGGGUCCAUCAGAACCAGCCAAGGGUCCAUCAGAACCAGCCAAGGGUCCAUCAGAACCAGCCAAGGGUCCAUCAGAACCAACAAAGGGUCCAUCAGAAACAACAAAGGGUCCAUCAGAACCAGCCAAGGGUCCAUCAGAACCAACCAAGAGUUCCCUGGACAAGGAACUGGAAGCCCUUCUGUCUAGCUGCACUGACCCUCCUCCUCUGGACGUCCUCAUGAUCCAGUCAGAGCACGCCGGCAUGGUGGACAUAGUAAAGGUGGAGCAGAAUACAGAUGACCCCGCUGCGACAGAUAAAAAAGCUCCUCCCCCACCGCUGAGACCGCCCACCACCUGGACCAGUGCCAACAUACGGGAAUUCAAGCACCGGAUGGCCAGUGAGAAACACGGAUUGCUGACUGUGAGGAGAGGGGAAGUGAUGACUGUUCGUGUCCCCACACACCCUGAAGGGAAGCGGCUCUGCUGGGAGUUUGCUACGGAUGAUUAUGACAUUGGUUUCGGAAUCUAUUUUGAUUGGACACCAGUGACCAGCACAGCGGUUACCAUACAAGUCAGCGACUCCAGUGACGAUGAGGAAGAGGAGGAGACAGAGAGCCCCUGGCACAGCCGAGAGGGAGACGUAGAGCGAGGAUCCGUAUACCGCCUGCGCAGUCGCUAUGGAGAGAUCAUGCAGGUGUUCCGCAAGGACAGUCACCGUGAAGUCCAAGCUGGGAGCCACGACUACCCUGGAGAGGGCGUUUAUCUGCUCAAACUGGACAAUUCCUACUCCCUGCUGCGCAACAAGGCUCUCUUCUUCCAUGUCUACUACAGCAGCUGAGACUGUGGGGGCCCCGGGGAGGAGGACCCCAACAACUGAACAGGGUGCCCAGAUGGUGCCUGUUUGCAGAACUAGGGCACCUCUCCGUACGUGACUCCAUGAAUUACUGAGACAUCUGUCUGAUGUGGUCACGCUGAAGUCCCUUCUCUGAAGAAAGACACACGGCUCAGCUUCUGUAGUCCUUAAACGCCUCGCAGCACUUCUGCGUGCCCACAAUCCUUUGCUUCUACCCACAUACCUCAGGAAGGGAGCUGGACCACCCAUGGAAGGAUCACUUAAUCACGCCAGCCACAUCUGCUGCACAGGCCGCAUUGACUGAUAAUCUUCACUGAGCAGCAGGGGAAGGGUCAACAGACCACUUUAGACCAUCCAAUUGCACGCCGUUUGUAGAAGACACGGAUGGCUGCUGGGGGGGGGG